CAAGUUCUACCAGAACUACAACCGCUCAAAAAGAAUUUGCUUAAGCAAUGCAAAACUGUUACUUUUGACCUUGGUCGUGAUAGAUACUCGUGAAAAAUACUGUAAAUGGAAGGCUGAUUGGCAACACUGCCCACCGGUUACUCACAACCACAACUUGUUUUUGGUCCCGUCGUAACCUGAUAGCAAGUUAACAAGAAGGGUUUAUCUCUGGUCAUAACCACUUGUUGCCACAAAUCGCUGGGCUUAGAAAGUCAUGACAAAAAAAAACUGUAGAAACAGUUUGCGAAAAUGAGUGAUACAAUCGAAGCACAUGAAACACCUAGUUGGUUACUGGAGCUAGAAGCUAACAGGGAGAGAAGGCUGAAGGCACGACUUGGACAUGAAACUGGUGCUGGAGCUUCUUGUUUGAAGUGCGCUGAUAAAUGUCCAGGUUUGGAUUUACACUUUUGGAGAAAAUGCUGUAAAGUGUGUAAAUGCUCGAAAGAAGAACACGAAGUUCAAGAUGAUGACAUCUAUGGAUGGGCUCAGUUCCAAUUACUUGGUAGUAAGCCAAAUAAAAUCAAAAGAAAAAUAUUGCUUCCUGGUAAAAAUGAUGAGCUCGAACUGGACUGGGCGCCCAAGGGCAAUAACGAAACGGUCGACAGGUACCUCAAAACCUUACCGCCAGAUCAGCUGUUAGUCAAAGGUUCCCAAGCAGCACUGGAGAGGAAACAAUUGUUACAUAAGCAGAUUCCCAUCCACGAUAUUGACCCAGAAUUGUGCCAUGACUUGACCGACGAGGAACUAUCCAAAAUGAACGAUUAUAUUGCACAUGUCAAACAAAGCAGUGUUGGGGUUGGGCAAAUUGUCAGCCUGUCAACCAUAAUCCAAGGUAAUCUGCAUAUGCUGAACCCAUCUGAAGCAGCCCUCAUAUCCUGUAGAUUCCCAAAAGGGAUCGCAUUGUCAGAUGUCCAACUUCAUGUACAAGAUGAAGCGAAAGGCUUGGUACCUGAUUUGCAAAAAAUGAGUUUGCAUAGUAAAAUUCAUGAUCGAAUGCACUCUUUACGUACGAAUGACAUACAGCUGAACCAUCCUUCAGCUCAAUAUUCAUCAGAUCUUAAACCCCGCAAAAAUUUUGAUGAAGAGAAUGGCAUGAGGUCGAACGUUGAUCCAAAUACAAAUAAUAGGUAUCCUCGUAGUCCCAACUUUAACCAUAAGUCAGUUCCAACUCAGUUUGUAAUUGAAAAAGAUUAUGGAUUAGCCUCACAGAGUGAACAACUUCACCCUAUUCGAGCAGAUCUUAGUCAGAGUUUGAACAGAACAAUUCCCCAUAUUCGCAAGGAAUGUAGUCCUGAGCUCAUCAGUCAGCCGCAAUCAAUUGGCAUGAUCCAUAGGCGUGGUUCUGCGUCUGCGUUUCUACCAUAUAGUGAAUGUUGUGCUGGAUCUGGCAACCCGCAUGCUGGACAGAGGCACAGGAACGAGGGUGUGAAACAGGGUCAACCUGUUGAACAAAAAGUACCUGUAGAUGCAGGAUGUAAUUCAAACCGAUCUGAACAGAAACUACAUGGAAAUGCCAAUGUGGCUUCUGACCAGCUAUCUGUUUCACAUACCCAAAAAGAACCUGGUAGACCUGGUAUACAUUAUGUUACUGGGAAGCAUGUCAUACAGUCUGAGACGCAGAUGCCUAUUGCAAUUCCUAAAAGCAUUAAGGACCUUGCUUUUAGUACAUAUGAGCAAACUAACCUAGAUCCGAAUGAAUUAAUCAACAAAAAUGUCAACCCCAUAUGCGAUUAUGAAAAUCCUAGUGAUCCUUAUUUUGCAAAUCAAAAUUUGAUUAAAGAAAUUGUUAGUAAAGCGAAUGCAAGGUCUUUUACGUUACUGACAGAUCGAAAUGUCACUGCAGAAGAUACUGGAACCAAAAUGGGUAAUAUUAAAUCUCCAAAGAAACUUUCCAACAUGAUUCCUAGUAGUUCAGGAAUUCACGAAGACUGUGUUUAUCCUUCUGAUGUUAAAAUAGGGCCAAUUCAAGAUAUUGAUGUUGAAUAUCCUGAAAUUGAAGUAGCUGUACGAGGUACCGACGACGUUUAUGAGGAUUAUAGUCCAGAUAGCAUUAAGGAAAUUUUGAAUAAUAUAAAACUGCCGGAUUGUCGUUAUUGCAGAAAGCCCUUUGAGGAAAAUGAAUUUGCUGUGACUAUUGAUAGAGCAGAUGUACUUUUUCAUGCGAAGUGUUUUAAGUGUGCUGGCUGCAAUCAAAUGCUUGUCGAUAACAUGUAUUUUUACCACAAGGAGACUGAUAAUAUUUAUUGUGGGAGAGAUUAUGCCAAAGUUAGAGGUGUCCCAAGGUGUAAGGCCUGUGAUGAGCUUAUUUUUACCAAGGAGUAUACCUUGGCAGAGAAUGCAACUUUCCACUUAAAACAUUUCUGUUGCAUUGAAUGUGACAUCCCUUUAGCAAACAGACAGUACACCUUGGAAGAUGGAAUGCCUUACUGCCUCCCUUGUUUUGAACAAAGUAAAGCAAAUAAAUGCAGUGGGUGUCUCAAUGUCAUCAAACCCGAUGAGUUUGGAUGCAGCUUGAAUGGAACACAUUUUCAUGCGACCGACGAGUGUUUUGCCUGUAUGGUUUGCAAGAAACCACUAAUGGGUAAAAAACUGCUGCUAAGGAAUGACAGAUUGUAUUGUUCUCAUGAAUGUUAUGGUUUACCUAAGUGACAUAUGUUAUGGCCAUGCAUUUUUAUUUUAUUUUGUUAUAAUAAAUUAUUAUAUAUAUCUUACAAACACAUA